AUGGACAAAAGUGAUAUUUGCUGGGCAAAGCCUCCAGAUACCACUGUAUGGUGGCCAGUGCGUGUAAUGGAGAAAACUGGUUCGAAAUAUGAUGUGUUUGUCAAGUGUGACUACUCAAUGCUGCAUGCACAUAAGGUAAUACCAUUUCUUGCUGGUACACUUGAAAGAAAGAAAAAAAAAUCCACAUUACAAGCAUUCUUGGGUGAUUAUGAAUGGGCAAUUAAAGCUCUUGAUGGUGCUUCAGACUCUGCAAAUGAGGAAGCCCCGGAUUCAGACAUUGAUGUAGCACCAGAUGUAAUCCCAGAGUCCAGAGACAUUGAUGUAGCCACAGAGGUUGUGAUCUCACAGUCCAGAGACAUUAAUGUAGCCAAAGAGGUUGUAAUCUCAAACUCCAGAGAUAUUGAUGUAGCUCUGGAGUCCAGAGACAUUGAUGUAACCACAGAGUCAGAUAAAUGUGUUGCCAUGGCUUAUGAUGAUGAUGAUGGCACUUGUAAAUUGGUUGAAAAAACAUUGGUAGCACUGCAGGCUUCUGAACAAAGUGUUUGUGAACAAAAAUGUAGCAGUGGUUCUGAAGAUGACAAUUGUGACCCUGGAAGCUCUAAAGAUCUAGAUUAUGAUCCUAAUGAAAGUAGUUGUUAUGAUUCUGAUGCGCUUUCUGACUGCAGUGAUCCUGAUGAUAAUCACAUUGAUCAUGGGAUGGGGUCUGCACUUGACACUGCUUUACCAGAUAUUGAAGAUGAAGAAGAACUUAAAAGUCCUUCCAAUGCGAUCAAAUUGAAGUAUGAUUUGAUUCGAGUGGCAGAAACCAAAAGUUUACUUGCUGGGAUAGAGUCCAAUAAAGACCGCUCCAACAGGAAGUGGAAGCAUUAUAAAGAAGAAGCAACAGAGUUCAUUGAUGCUGUACGUCAAAAUGGUCAGAAAAGAUGA